UUGCCUCAGGUAGUGCCUUCUCCGACAUCACAAGUAGCAACAUCUGUGCCCUCAACAACAAAGAACCCUGUAGAACAUGUAGUUUCCUUGUUGCAAGAAGUUGUCUCUGCUGUAACAAGAAUUGACAAAGAUGAAGAUAAUUGUCCCCAUUCUUCUCCUAUCAAAAAUUUCCAGAAAGUACACCCUUUGGAAAAGACUAAGCCAACUACUAACCAACAUGAAUCGAGCAGUUACGUGAGCAAGAAUAAUGAGAAGGAUGAAAAAACGAAGUAG